GACUGAAUUUUAAAAAAAAGAAAAUACAAAUAAAACGAGAAAAGGAACUAACAAAUCUUCCAAUCUAGUCUUCUAUUUUAAAAACGAAAUAAAUAACACAUUAUUUAAACUACAUCAUCACACACAUCACAUUGUUGGCACUUGCAAAAUGACACCUUCACAUCGCCAGGAGUUUUGUGUGCGCUGGAACAGUCAUUUGGGCAGUAUAGGGGCUGCCUUUCCCCAGCUGCUAGCCGGCCAGCGUUUUGUCGAUGUCACCCUGGCCUGUGAGGGCCAUCAGGUGCACUGUCAUCGUUUAGUGUUGGCCGCCUGUUCUUCCUAUUUUGAAAGUAUUUUAGCUGAAAAUCCCUGUAAACAUCCGGUCAUUAUCUUGCCCUCAGAAAUUAAACUGUGGGAAAUACAAGCCCUGGUGGAUUUUAUGUACAAGGGUGAAGUAAAUGUUACCCAAGCGGGGUUGCCACAACUACUAAGAUGUGCCGAACAGUUGCGCAUACGCGGUUUGUAUGGUUCGGAUGCAGCGCUCAAUUUAAAUCAGCUUAAAGCCAUGACCAGUAAGGUUAAUACGCCAAGCUCUAAUACAGCUAAUAAUAAUAAUAACAAUGCCGAUAGUAAUGAUGAGGACACCGCCACAAAUUCGACCAGCACCACCACAGCUACAGCCGCCAGUACCAUACAGCAUACAGCGCAACAGCAAAUUGUUAUUAAAAAGGAACCCACCACUUCACACUCUUCUUCGAAUCAAUCGAAUUUUUCGGCCACACAAAAUCUACAAGUUUUAAAUCCUGCUAAUCUCAAAACCAUGAUGAGAAACCCAUCGUUGAUCAGUGCAAAUAUGGCCUUGGCAGCUCCUGCCACAUUUGCCCCCCAAGACUCUGGCGAUGAAUCCACUUCGAAUGCCUAUGAACACUAUGAAAAUAGUCAAAAUGCCAAUACAGCGGCCGCAGCCGCUCAUAUGAUGAGCCAUCAUAUGGACUCAACGGUGGAGGAAGAUCACAAUUAUGUGGCUCAUGAUGAGGACGAUAGUUUUGGUGGAGCCAUGGCUGAUUCUGAACAUGACUCGACGGCCAAUAACUCCAUGCUGCAAUCAAUGGAUAACAAUUGCUCUUUGAGACGCAUACGCAGAUCCGAAGAGUCACUGGAACAGGCGGCUAAAUGUGUGUCCAAGGGCCAGACCUUCCAGACUGUCAGUAAUAUGUAUAAUAUACCCGUUUCAACCAUACGCUUCUAUAUGGCCCGCAAGGGCAUUUUGCCCAAACGUAAACGUGGCCGUGGAGCCUCAAAUACAGGCGGCGUCAUGUCUGGACUUAAUAUGUCGGGGGCUGCGGCAGCGGCUAAUGCGGCGGCUGUUAUGUCCCAGGCUUUGGCUCAAAUUAAACGUGCUGACAGCCCCAGUGCGGCUCAAUUUGGUGAAACUACUCCCUAUCAUUUAAUGGGCUAUAAAAUGGAACCGGGCACGGCGCAUUUGGUUUAAGGUGGCUGAGAGAUGAU